AUGGAGAAAGUGGGGAGGAUGAAGCUGGGAUCACAAGGUCUGGAGGUGUCAGCACAGGGACUGGGCUGCAUGAGCAUGUCCAAUGGCUACUACGGUCCUGGCAAACCCGAACCCGACAUGAUAAAACUCAUCCACCACGCCAUCCAUCACGGUGCAAAGAUGGCCGAGAACUUGACUGAGAAUGAUAUUCGAAAGAAUCUACCAAGGUUUCAACCAAAGAAUCUGAAACAUAACAAAAACAUAUUUGAACAAGUUAACGAAAUGGCAAAAAGAAAAGGUUGCACCCCAUCACAACUAGCAUUAGCAUGGGUCCAUCACCAAGGAAAUGAUGUGUGUCCGAUACCUGGUACCACAAAGAUCGAAAACCUCAACAACAACAUUGGAGCUUUGUCUGUAAAACUAUCAGUAGAAGACAUGGCUCAACUUGAAUCCAUUGCUUCAACGGAUGUGGUAAAGGGUGAUCGAUAUGGGUCAGUCUCUAUGAAUUUUGCUUGGAACUAUACAGACACUCCACCUUUGUCUUCAUGGAAAGCUUAG